AUGGCGCGCACUCAGACUUUCAUUAUGUCACGUACGACAAGAGAGGAGUAUCCAGGAAGGAAGAAAAAAGCAGAAGGGCCAAAAAAUCGGAACUACGCUGAUCGGAUUGGUGCUGGUGCUCCGGUGUAUCUUGCAGCAGUGCUAGAAUACUUAGCUGCUGAAGUUUUGCAACUGGCUGGAAAUGCGGCACGCGACAACAAUAAGAGCCGAAUCAAUCCCCGACAUUUGCAAUUAGCUAUACGGAACGACGAUGAACUGAGUGUGCUUCUUUCCGAUGUCACGAUCUCUCAAGGUGGUGUAUUACCUAAUGUUCACUCCGCGCUUCUUCCCAAGUUGUCAACUGAACAGGCAUCAACUUCGAAGCACAGUGACCUUAAUAUGACGUGA